AUGUUGAAAAGAAAUAAAGCAAAUGUUGUAAAUAAUACUGAAGUAGCUGAAGUUAAACAAACUCCAACACCUUCGCCAAAACCAACGUCAAAACCAACGCCUUCACAAACAACACCUUCAAUGACUCCUGAACCUAUGGAAGUACAAACUCCUGUUCAAAAGUCAACUCCUAAACCGACUCCAACAUUUAAACCAGAACCUACUCCUCAAAUAAAUCGUAAAACUCCUGCGUUUCCUUACUGA